UCCCGCCCCGCCGAUUCGCAGCAACGUAGUUGUCGCAGUUGUCUCCGCACACACACAUAAUUUUCCAUCACAUGCCCCACGCUGAAGAAACCACCACCAACACCAACAACGCAACAAUGGGCGAACCUCUGACCAACGGCGACAAGCCUGCCUCGCACUUCCUCAACCACCUCGAGUCGUACCCGGUCGUGCACGACAUCAUCAGCACCUACAAGUCGAACCCGUACGGGCAAAAAUCGCUCAACAUCAGCCACGCGGCGUACGACCGCUUCGGCAAGCCCAUUGUGCCGUACCUGGAGAAGCCGUAUGGGUUUGUGGCGCCGUACGUGGCGCGCGCCGACAGUCUGGCCGACAACGGCCUCACGCAGGUCGAGUCGCGCUUCCCCAUUGUGAAGCAAGACACCAAGGCCAUCAAGGACAACGUGCUGGACGUGGCUCUGUUCCCCCUCCGCUUCGCCGGCCAGGGCAGAGACUACGUCUUCAGGACAUACGACGACGAGUACCAGAAGACGGGCGGCAAUGGCCUCAUCACCACGGCCAAGGCCAUCGUUAGCACAGAGUUGAAGAUCACGGCCGACUUUUUCCAGCUCGUCGCCGACUACCUGGGACCGAAGAAGGAGGAGGCGAAACAGAAGGCUGAGGAGGCUAAGAACAAGGCCCAGGAAAAGGCGAACUACCAGUAGAUGUCGCAUUGUUUUGUUCUUCUGUUUCUCUACGUUUCCGGCUGUUGAGACAGCCAUUUCCUCUUUCCCGCUCCCACCAGAUCGCGCUGUUCGGUCAUCUCCAUCCUCGUCAUUCCGACUGUGUUGUUGUAUUGCUGCAGCCUCAUUUGCCACCUUUUUAGUGUACCGUAUUCACGAC